AUGGCCACCGCAACCACGUUUUUCUCCGUCUUUGCCGGCAUUCUCGCCGCCCUAACCGUCUACGUCUACCUGUUCGGUAUCCCGCCAGCGCUCAAGCGCCAGCUCGAGGAGAAGGCCCUGAGCACCAUGGGCGAGAACAAGGCGUCGUACCUCGUCAAGGACCAAAUCAACAAGGUGCCCGCGUCCGACCAGAAAGAAUUCAAGGACGUCAAGAACGGCCUCGCAAACCUUGCAGGCGGCACCGUCAACAACCCUCUGGGCAAGUUCGCCGGCGACACCGCGGAUGACGCAACCCGUCCUUUUACGGGUCGCUGA